AUGUCUUCGGAUUUACCAUGGAGGAAACCACCCAAACGCAUCGGCGAUGAAAGGGACUACGACUGCUUCUACGCCCAGGUAGUCGAGAAUAAGGACCCGUCGCUCAAGUCCAGACCCGUCGGCGUGAAACAAAAGAGCAUCCUGGCCACGUGCAACUACAAUGCGCGCUCCCGCGGCGUGCGCAAGCUCAUGCUUGUCAGCGAGGCGAAGAAGGCGUGUCCCGACCUCGUGCUCGUCGACGGGGAGGAUCUCACUCCCUUUCGUGACGUGAGUAAGCGGCUCUUUGAAUACUUGAAGAAGUACUCUUGGAGUGGCAAGAUGGAGAGGCUGGGGCUUGAUGAGAUUUUCAUGGACGUCACUGAUAUUGUCGAGUACAACAUGACAUGCAUGGAUCGUCCCCCAACUCCCAACUCCUUCUUCUACUUGUCCAAGACGGACCCUGAAAAGGGCUUCAUCUGUGACAUGACCACCAUAGCUGGAUGUGCCAUCGGAGCGCGUGUCAGGCCCACAGACUGGAGUGAUCCUUACUAUAUGCGUCUCAUUCUUGGAUCCCGCCUGGCCCUGCAUCUCCGGACAAAGCUCGAGGACGACUUUGGGUACACGUCUACCUGCGGCAUCUCGACAAACAAACUUCUCAGUAAACUGUGCGGCGGCAAGAACAAACCCCGCAAUCAGACGACCCUGGUGGCCCCCGACGAAGCCCAUACCCUGGAUUUCAUGGAUGGUAACAGGUUAAGGGGUGUCCCGGGAAUCGGCUUCAAGAUGGCCUCGAGCAUAGAAGAGCUCAUGACGGGAAAGAAGAAAACCACAGAAGACUCCAAUUCUUCUGGGUCGACAGUGACUGUUGGUGAUGCGCGAGCAUCGCCAGAAGUUUUCCCCGCGUCUAUAGAAAGGGUUCUCGAUGGUACGGGGGCUGAGAAGGGCGUGGGAUCUCGGGUAUGGGCUCUUCUUCAUGGGGUUGACCCCACCGAAGUAAAGAAGACCAGCGACUUCCCUUCCCAGAUUGGUAUCGAGGACACGUACCCUCGCCUCAGUCUCAGCACCAUGCCACAGAUAACUGAGGAGCUCCUCAAGCUCACGUGCUCUCUUAUUCGCAGGAUGAGGACCGACCUCCUGGAACAUAGCGAUAUCGAACCGACCUCGAAUGGUGGAAAAUGGCUCGCGCGGCCUAGGACACUACGCUUAUCUAUCCGAUCCUGGCACCAGAUGCAGAACCAGUCGUUCGGCCGCUCUUCAAGGUCUUCGCCGCUCCCAGGAUUCGUCUUUGAUACGAAGGAGGCCAUUGAAGAAAUUGCAGAGAAUCUAGUCUCUCAGUACUUGGUACCCCUUUUGCGUCGUUUGAACAGCGAGAGGGGAUCCAAGUGGAAUCUGCAGCUCAUCAACAUUUGUGUCGCCAAUAUGGAUCCGGGGGUGGGCAGUGACAAAUCUCGCGUUGGUAGAGACAUCGGGAGCAUGUUUAAGAACCAAGAGGAGACCUUGAAGCCAUGGAAGAUCGUCGAGAGCGAUGUCCCUCCACGCGAGACAGAAACUGAGCCAGACGCCGAAUCGGAGACUGCUACUGCUGAGGUUGGCCGAGGAUGGGAAACAGCAGGGCACGCUUCAUGCCCGCGCUGUGGCUGUUUGCUCCCGACAUUUGCCCUGCCAGCACACCUGCGAUUUCACGAUAUGGGUGCGUAA